ACAGCUUCUUCCCCGGGAGAAAGAAAGAAGCUCUCCUCUCUCCAUCGGUACAACAAGAUCGAGAUGGUGCCUGCAGCAUGUGGCGCUGGUGGCACGAACAAUGUUAAUGGUGCUAAUGCUGGCGCUGGUGGCACGAACAAUGUUUCCGGUGCUGCUGCACCGCUGGCCGAUUCUUGCCGCAAGCCGCAGCAGGAGCUGCCAACGGUGAAACAUCAGUAUGCGGAACAAUACGAGUAUGCAUACCCAGCAGCACCGCCAUACAGCGGCCCUCCAAAGCCGCCGCCGGCGUAUCGCUAUUGCUAUGGGUAUGGUGGACGUGGUUCUGGUGGGUACGGCUACAGCUACGACUACCCCGAGCCCGAUGGUAUUUGGGAUGAACCUGCUGGUGCAUACGGCGGCGGCAGAUACCACCCACCACAGCCGCCGUAUUAUCAUGGCGGCGGUCGUGGUGGGUAUCCUUCUCCUCAGUUUGGUCGGGGAGUUGGUGCUGGUGGCUAUAGCUGCUACGGCGGUGGCGGUGGCGGCUAUCCUCCCAGUUCAUUUCCGUCUGUAGGAGGAGGAGGCGGCGGCUGUGAUGGUGGGGUCAGCAACG